CGUUAUAGUAACGGUUGUGAAGGCCGUCAUUUAACAAGAUCUUGGCGUAUCUUGCAUUUUGCUAAUUGAAGCCUUUCUGGAUUGUGCUCACUGCAAAAUGAUCACUCAGCAUUAGGCAUAGGCGUCGGUUCUUGUGACAAGAAUGACAACUUGCUUAUACAAGGAAUGUCAUCCUCCCACGGGUGUAACCUUUGCGGAGGCAGCAUACCUCACGCACCCGCCUCUCCCUCAUGGUACGGCAACGACAGCGGCGGAAGCAUGGGCAGCAGCACAAGGCGGAGCACCAACACAACCGCAGCUUCCGAACCUGGUGGUGGUUCGGACCAACCGACUCGAAAUCUAUUGUGUGAGGACCGCUACCGGUCCUGGCGGCGGCAAUGUGGCUAGCAGCAGCGGCGGCAGCGGUGGAGGUGGCGGCGGUGGUGGUGGUGGUACGACACGGUUGGAGUUGGUUGUGUCGUACCACCUGCAUGGGGUCGUUGAGAGCAUGGCCGUACUCAGCGGCGUGACAACUCGGCGCCGGGAUGCGCUGCUGCUGACCUUCAGGGACGCCAAGCUCUCCGUGUUAGAGUGGGACAGCUGGAGCCACUGCCUGCGUACCUCCUCCAUGCACUGCUUCGAGGGGGAGGGGGGCGCCAAUGAACUGCUGCGCGCCUCCGGAGGGUACGGCAGCAUUGGUAAUACCGGUGGCAGCGGUACGGCAGCGGCUGGCGGCGGCGGUGCGGCCGGCGGCUUAGGCGGCAUUGGUCUGGGUAUCGGAGGGGCGUCGGGAGGUGUGGGGGGAGGAGGAGCAGCAGUAGGAGGGUGUGGAGGGGCGGGGGGAGGGAGGACGGCGGCGGCGCUGCCUCCGAGGGUCGUGACCGACCCGGCGGGUCGGUGUGCUGCUGUGGCGGUCAACUUCUGUCAGGUGGCGCUGCUGCCUGCGCUGGAGGCUAACUCAUUCGACUUGGGAGCAGCAGCAGCAGGCGGUGGCGGUUAUGCGGGCGGCGCGGCGGCGGUUGGAAAUAGUUACGUCCUCAACCUCCACAAGAUGAUGGGCAUUCGGGAGAUCCGUGACUGUGUGUUUCUGGCGGGCUACACGGAGCCAGUGCUGCUGGUGCUGCAUGAGCCGGAUGCCACAUGGGCGGGGAGGCUGAGGGAGCGCAAGGACACCUGCUGCCUGGCCGCCAUCUCCAUCUCCCUCCGCCUCAAGCGCCACACGCUGCUGUGGAAGGUGGCGGGGCUGCCGUACGACUCGUACAAGCUGCUGCCGGUGCCGUACAAGGCUGCCGUACUGGUGGUCAGCCCCAACCUGCUGGUGCUCAGCUCGCAGGCCUCCCAGCAUGCCGCCGCGCUCAACUCCUUUGCGCUGCCCGGUGAGGUGCCCCCGCCGCUGCUCUUCGACCCCGCCCGCGAGCCGCCCUCCGUCACCGCGGGGCGGCUGGCGGCGGAGUUCGCACUCAAUGUACACCCGGACUGCGCCCCGGCCCUAGCUCGCAACGCUGCGCUGAUGUCGGAUCUGGAGGCGGUGGCGGCGGGGGUGGCGGCGGCCUGGCUGUCACCCACCACAUGUGUACUGGGUCUGCAAUCUGGCGUCCUGCUUGCCGUACAUCUAAGGUUUGACGGGCCGCCGGAUCAGCGUAUAACUGCCGUACGGACAGGCGGCGGCCCCAUUGCAACCGCAUUAGUAAGCCUCACCAUGACGGCGGCAGCACGAGUGCCGUACGGUACUGCCGUACAAGCCGCCGCUACUGCUGCUGCUGGCGGUACGACAGCCGUCUUGCCGGCUGUAGCAGCAGCAGCCGCAGCUGCUGCGGCGGGGGCGCCGUGCCUGUCGUACAAGGGUCCCAAGGGCCUUAUGUUUUUGGGCUCCUGGACCGGAGAUUCCGUACUCAUGCAGCUACGGCCCCGUACGACAACAGCUGGUACGACAGAUCCUAAACAACAGCAGCAGCAACAGUCAGGGAAGGAGGCAGGGGCGGAGGAGGGAGCAGAGGAGGGCAAGGAAGACGAGGGCAGGGAAGCCAAGCGUGCCAAGACAGGCUCUGCUGACGUUGGAGGUGGAGGUGGAGGUGGAGAGGCGGAGGGGGGCCCCCCGCGGUUCAACCUCAGGUUGCUGGACUCGCUGCCCUCCAUAGGCCCCGUUCGUGACCUGCUGUUCGCGGACACCUCCUCCGCCGCCUCCUCCCACGUGCCCACCGCCGGGGCGACGGAGGCGCCGGGCAGGGGCGGACCCACCACCUUCCUGUGUGUGGGACAGGGCCAGACGGGGGCGGUUGUCAUGGCACGCCAGGGCCUUAUCGCGGAUGUGCUCUCCGAGGUGAACCUGGCGGGUAUCGCUGGGGUAUUUGCCGUACAUCACCGUACGGAAGAUGACGCUGAUGAUGACGUAAUGUACGACAAUGACGGUGCCGGUGGAGGUGAUGGUGGCGGCACUGACCCACGGGUCGUCGCUGACCCUGCCAAUGACGGCGACGACGACGACGGCGGCGGCGAAGCUCCCAUUGACGUCGCCGACGAGGGCGAUGACGAGGGAGGUCGAGCGACGGUUGAGAUGACGCCGGAACCGCCGGAGGUCGACAGUGGCGGCGGUGACGUCAGCGGCGGCGAUGGCACGUCAGCAGCUACGGAGGGCAAGGGAGGGAAGGAUGACGCGGUGCCAGAGGCGGAGCCCGCUGAGGCUCCGGAGGCGAAGACAGAGCGAUCUGGCAUCAGCGAGAUAAUCACGGGCGUCAAGCGGGCGAGAUCACCGGAGGGAGAUGUGGAAGCAGCACCGGCUGUAGCUGGCAAAGUGAGCAAGGCGGAGGGAGCCGGGGACCGAGAUGCAGGAGGGGGUGCCGUACGACAGCAACAACAGCCUCCGCCGCAAGCCAAGGCCAACCGACCCACGGGUCCGCCGUACCACGCCUACCUGCUCAUUACGCUGGGGCGCUCUCGCACCAUGGUACUGCGGUGUACGGAAGGGCUCGACGACAUUACCAAAAACCCCGGUUGCGACUUCCUCACGGACCAGCCCACCCUGGCCGCGGGCAGCCUGUUCCACAACGCCGUCAUAGUGCAGGCAUGUCCCACGGGUCUGCGGCUGCUGGAGGGUACGACACUGGUGCAAGAUCUGCCCGUACCCGAGCUGCAGGUCCUGGGCUCCAUGUCCCCCUCGCCGCAUCCGCUUGCCGUACCGCCAACCGUCACGUACAUGCAGUCCGCGGACCCCUACGUGCUGGUGUGCCUCAGCGACGGCACCGCAUGCCUCCUGGAGGGGGACCCCCUCAGCCUCACACUCGGACACCUCAGCAACAGUGGCAGCAGCGGGGCAGGUGAGGACAGCGGUACGGCAGCUGCAGCAGCAGCGGCAGCAGCAGCAGCGGAGCAGCUGGCGGGUGCUCCCUCCCGCAGCCCCUCUCGACGCAUCGCCGCCGCCUGCCUGCAGCGCGAUGAAACAGGCUGGAUGGCGGCACAUUGCGGUACGACGGACAGUUUUACGACAGGCAGUGGUACGACAGCAACGGUUAGCGGUAACGGUACCGGUAACAAUGUAUACUUGUGGAUUGUACGACGAUCUGGGCGGUUGGAGUGCUACGGGUUGCCGUACAUGAACCUCGUGUUUCAGAGUUCGGGUCUGGCGGCGGCGGAGGAGGUACUGCGGAUGGGCCCUACCGCCCUGUACGACAUGAAUGACCUGUUUGGGG